AUGGCCCACGACAUUUACUUACACGACGUUAGGCAAACCACGACAACGCCGCCGGUAGAGCAACAGAAGGGAGCCGACCAGAAACCAGCGCCGCCGACGAUCCAGGGUGUCACACCACUGCACAUGCUCGGCGACAAGCCGCAACCCAUUGACUGCCCGUUUUGUAUGAGAAGGACGAUGACCAUCGUGGAUACGGAAGGCACUAGCAUGCAGAUGCUCGUUGGCGCCCUGUGCUGCCUCCUCUGCGUCUGUCUUACGUGCGUGCCUUGUAUUGCAGGUUGGUGUGAAGACACCCACUACUCUUGCGGCAACUGCCACAAAAGGGUUGCCACAAGACCUUACGAUGGCCCGAUUCAGGUGUUUGGGCCACACGGCCAGAUGUUUCCUAUGGUUCCUUCUCAGUAUGAGCCUAUGGCGCCGCCUGUUGCUGAGCAGCAAGGCCCUCCGGUCUACAAGUAA